CCAUCCCCACCAAUCGGUAGCAGCUCAUCAAUAUGCCUGUUUCAAAACACCCUACCAAGGCAACUUUGCCUUCAAAGGAGGAACGCGCCGCCCACUCGGUUAUGGAGGUAAGUGAAGCUUCCUGAAAUGGCUCAGAAGCUCACUUUAAGCCAGACAAAUACUAGCAGCAUAGCAUCCAAGCGAAGCGUCCAGGUGCUAUAUCAUCCAGAAGAACAAAAUUUCUUUCGACCGUUUGUGAAAAAGCCCCAGAGAAGAGCACCACUCAUCAACCGGGAAUAUUAUCUUAGGAUGCGCGCUAUAGCGGAGUCUGUGCGCCGGUUCCUGCGAGAACCGUCAGACAUACCUAAGUUUAUCCUUAACUUAGGCUGCGGAUUUGAUCCUCUCCCGUUUAGCCUGCUCAGCAACGACCGCCCAUCCAACACGACGUUUGUGGAUAUAGACUAUGAAAAACUGAUGGUCAACAAGCGGAUAGUUAUCGAGAAGACAGAAAGCAUUACGCAGCUUCUGGGCGGGAAUGUAGAGUUCGGCACGGACGAAAGUGCUAUACAAGUUCGCAGCAGAGAUUAUAUUGCCAUUGGGUGCGAUUUGGGGAACCUGGAGAAGCUUGAUCAUGUUCUUAGAACCCAAGUACUGCCAGCCGAAUGUGCCAUCCUUUUCGUCGCGGAAGUUUCUCUCUCCUAUAUGGACGUGAAAAAAGCCAGUGCCGUGAUCAACUGGGCGUCCAAGCUGAGCAAUAAUGCCUCUGAGUUUAUUAUCUUGGAACAGUUCCUCCCUGAUGGCCCUGACCACCCCCUUGCAUCGACCGUGCUCAAGCACUACAGCAAACUUGGCGCUCCUCUCCACUCAGUCCAUGACUAUCCGUCCCUGGUUGACCAAGAGCGGAGGUUCACCGAUGCUGGGUGGAAAUAUGCGCAUGCGCGCAGUCUAUGGGACCUAUGGUCAGAUGAUGCUUUUGUGAGCAGAGCUCUUAGAACGUCAUUAGAUGCCAUUGAACCAUUCGAUGAAUGGGAAGAGCUCGCAUUAUUCUCGGGGCACUAUUUUCUCUUACAUGCUUCUAUGCAACAGGGGUCGACAGGGUACACGGCGGCUAGAGCGGGCCAUUUGACGGACAUCUCAGGCCAAUUCAAGGUCACCCCGAACUGCAACCCCCCUACAGGCCAACGAAGAUAUGGCGCUAUAUUGCCUGGAAAUAGCAAUAUUCUUGGGUACCACUCAGGACUGGGUCGACAGACACGGCUCGUGGAUACCGACAUGUACACAAAAACGAAAGAUCCUACAGGAGCCCAACUCACGGUGCCUCCUCGCGAUGUCCUGGCCCGCAUGUGCCAUAGCAUUACAUGCCUCAAUGAUAAUGGCGAUUGCUUGCUUGUUGGGGGACGAACUUCACCCGCCGCUGCGCUCCAGGAUUGCUGGAUUCGCAAGGAUAAUGUUUGGCGGGUGAGCUCUCCUCUUCCAACCCCUCUGUUCCGGCACAGUGCGACAAAAGUCACAACCGGCUUGAAUGGCGUGAUGGUUUACGGUGGCAAGAGCAGUGAUGGGACCAUUCUGGAUACGUGGCUGCUAUGGUUUGACAAUGAAGGGUGGCAAACCCUCGAGACUGAGCAGCAAAUCGCAAAACCUAAAGCCCGGUUUGGAGCCAUUCUAGGAAAUAUCAACGGCACCUGCGGCAUCCUCACUGGUGGUAUUGGGGUUGAUGGUACUAUUUUGGAAGAUUUUUGGACCUGGAAGUUACGGCAACGACCGGACGGAUCUUUUUACUUGCACCUCGGAAACCAAACUGAAGCCAUGAAUGCCUCCACCAGUCUUGAGUAUGUCACGCGAUUUGGAGCGACAAUUGAUUCCACUUCUUGGGGCCUAGUGGUUGCUGGGGGCAUCAUUCCCCGGCGUGUUCUGCCAAUCAAUUACCAAAUCCUUCUACUCGACAAGGAAAUACUGCUUAGAUCCAUCGAGAGCGAUUCUCUGAUAGAUGCACCAGUUUUAUCAACAAUAGGGCUGAGCUCUACCUUCAGCGGCUUGCGUCCUCUACUAGUAGGGCAUACUUCUACUACCACUAGUCACAAUGAGGUUCUUCUGCUCGGCGGUGGCGCCGUUUGUUUCCCCUUCGGGGCAAUCUGGUCAGAGGGUACCUGGCUUCUCACAAGUGCAGACUCAUCUGCGGAGAAUGGCUGGAGGCUGGUUCGUGAAAGCGCGCAGCCCCCGAAAGCAGCAGAUAAGAAGCCAGAAAAACACACCGAAAAGCAUUGCACGUCCGCGGCCGGGUUGACUUCGAUCGCCCGCAUGCGAGUGCAGAGUGCUGCUCAGUUCCAGCAAGUGCUGGUCGAGAGCCAACCGGUAAUCAUCGAGGGAUCCGAUAUUGGGCGCUGUACUGAGCUCUGGACUAAAGAUUAUCUCAUCAAUGCAGUUGGAGCUGACCGCAAGGUCGUCGUGCACGAAGCUCAAUCAGAAAAUAUGAGCUUUCAAAUCAAAAAUUUCACCUACAAAACUAAAGAUUUCGGAACUUUCAUGAAUGAGGUACAUGCUGGUGGCCGACAGUAUCUCCGAAGCCUUUCAAGUGAUCAGCCGACCAAACUACCGGCUACUCUUGCAGUGGAUUUCCCUAGUUUAGAUGGCGAUUUUUGUCUUCCAGAAGCCUUGUCCCAUGUUGUUGAAAAUGCGCACAGCUCGCCACUACGGAUAUCAGGUCCAGUCACGUUGUGGCUUCACUACGAUGUAAUGGCAAACGUUCUUUGCCAAAUCCGAGGUGAAAAAAGGCUUAUCCUUUUCCCACCAAGCGACGUACAACACCUGGACGUUCCCGCUGGCGCUUCAAGUUCCAACAUCAACAUUUUUCAGGACCGUCCAGUCGGGUCAAUAGCUUCAAUCCCGCAUACGUCGCCUUACGAGGCUCUUCUCAAAAGCGGCGAUAUCCUCUUUAUUCCACCCCUGUGGCUCCAUACCGCAGCUCCAACAGGAGACGUCAGCGUAGCUGUUAACGUCUUUUUUCGCAACCUGGCUCAGGGGUAUGCGGCUGGCCGAGAUGUCUACGGGAAUCGCGAUCUCCAGGCAUACGAAACGGCACGGCACAAUCUUGAGAGAAUGGGGAAGUCUUUCAGUGGACUACCGCCUGAUGUGGCACGGUUUUACCUACUAAGACUCGCAAAGGAGCUGCAGGACAUUGCUGAAGGGGUUUAAACCGGUGCGCCCUACACGAUUUUUUUUUGCCGAUAGGAUGACCACCGCGUCGUGACCGGUUACGAUAGGCAACUGGCCCAGGUACAUUCGCUACUCCCUAGCUUUGGGCAACCUGGAAGGUUGACGCUCAUCCUUCAUGCCUUUUGAAUCCAGCUUUGUGCGAAUCUAAACGGCGCAACCCGUGUAAAUGAGGAGGGACGGUUGCAGUGACGCGAUGGACACUGGCCCUAUAAUUGCGACGCGUGGAAUGCCUAGUGUGAAGUAAGUAUGCCGAACGUAGCGGUUCCAAACGGCCGCUUUGCAGAAAUAUGAUGUGGGGUGCAGCGUCGUGUAGAUAAGGCUGGCUGAUAGUAGAACGGUGCUAAACUAAGUUCCAGACUAAGCGAGGGGAAAGAGGUGGAGCAAUUGGUACUACUAUAUGUGUAACUGAGACUCCCAGCUGCGCCAGCGCUGCCGAACCCCGAGGAUUACAGCUGCAGCUCAUCUCUAAGCUAGUCAAGUGUGUCCGAGCAAAGGAACGGCGUUGGUGCUUGGUAAACUCUAACUCCAAGAUUGUAGGUUAUGUAUAGCAUAUCGGAGAGUUGGGUUGGGAGAGUAGUGUGUCUUCGUGCUUUGGAGAAGAGGGUAAGGAAGCUUUAACCGAAGGAGCGUCUUUUUGAUGCGUUGAGUGAAGACGUUCGAUGAAGAGAGUUGAAUGAAGCCAAUUUAACGUUCACUAGGCGAAAACAAAAAUGAAGACUAAGAAAAAAACCCAUAAUAGGCAAACAACAUCUCCUAAAAUAAGCAGGAAGAAGUACUUGUCAUGAGCCGUAUGCAUGAAAGAGAAUGAAGAUAAAAAAAAAGGAGAUGACAUAUCCGUAUAAAAUCGAAUCCGUCUAACGCCAAAAUCAAAUCAUGUCAAAUUGGAAUCAAGAGAAAAAGAAAAUGAUUCAUUAGGUCGUCGUCCGGUCGUUUCGGUCCUUGCUCGCUUGGAGUGAUGUAUCAUUCGGAAACCAGGAGUCGUUCGUUAUGUAGUCGUUCGUAACAGUAGAAGGUCCGCUUCGUCCGCUUCGUCCCACAAUUGCGUAGCCAUUAUAUAGCCACUUCUCGCAUCUAGCUAUCUCGAGUAUGGUUUGUUCAUGAGAGCGAUCUCGCGAGCCACGGUUGCCCAUUCGAGCUCUCGCUUUAUAGGCUGAUUGCGUUUCUUCUGCAGGAGCUCUUCCCACUUAAGGAGCUCGUAUCUGAAAUGAAAAGCAUUAGUGGUUGAAAGUAUCCCAUGUUGAUCGAAUCCACCUACACAAAUCGUAGAUGGGGCUGGAUGAUCACAUUAAGCCUCCUCGCUCGAACGUAGCAACUAGACCUAGUCAGUAAAUCAGGUGAACAUGCGCACCAGAGUGCACCUACUAUGCCCUGGGAAAAGACAGAUUGAGAGUCGCCAUGACCUCCGCGAUACAUAUCGUUGCAGAGCGCGAGACACCAACUCGACAGUGAACCAAGGUAGCUGCUCCAUCAGACUUUCCUUUUCCUGCGGAAAUGCUUAGCAAGAGACCAUGAAUGAGAACAGGGACAGUAUCUAGAAACGCACGGAUAAACUCUAGACACCGGUCAAACUCCUGCGUCAAAGGAUCAAUCCCGUUGUCCUGGACUUUUGUAAUGUGCAUCAAAUUUUCAGAGCCCAUUUUCUCCAUAUCCGAGUCGCUCCAUGAGACAGAUUCACCAAUACUAAGAACACGUCUAAUACCGAGCUCCCAGAGCAUUUCCGGAUUGUUGGCGUGAGAUAGAUUUCCGAGGUACAUGUAUGGUAGAAUCCGACUCGGAAGGGAACCGUCGCAGUAUCUGAACCAUUGUGGAUCGACCGCACGAAGCUUUUCAGGAUUCGCGGGAGACUCCCGGAGAAUCCUCUCCUGGACAUUCCUCAAGUAGGAAACAUCGGAUGGAUAAGCAAAGAAAUUUCGCUUCUUCUCCCGAUGGAGUCUAAGCCAGGCUUCGCUUGCGGGUAUACCUUCGGAAAACAUGGUGUAGGCGAUAACCAACAGAGAACUUUCGGUGUAUCCGUCAGGACAGUGAAUUAGAAUCUUCCGCGCCUUUUUCGGAAUAUCUGUCAUAGGAAUAUCUCCUUCGGCAUCAGUUACUGUUGCUGGUGACUCCGGAUUCGCAAGAUAGUAGAUCCACCGGAGAGUAUUGAGUAAGUCGUCAACAUCCCUACUCUCUCCUGUUGGAGGUGGGAGGGACCCCGAGGAGGGGAAUUCUAGGCGUUGUGACUCAUUCUCAAGACGUUUGGCGAGAUUCGCAAGUGCCCGAGGGCCUGGGAUGUGUGCGAGAUCAUUCGCUUCAAUCAUUAAGUCGAAUGACUCGGCCGACGGAGUACCAGACGCGCCGGCCUGCAAAAGAUAAUCGGGAGUUGGCCCUUGCCAUACGUUUUUCGAGAAUUCAGACGCUCGCGACAUAGUACACAUCUCAAGCCGCUCUAAUUGGACUGCGGGGCUGUUAGAGAAUGCCGCUGGGAAAGUCAGAGAACUUACAGAGAUCCACGACCUGGUUUGUGAGUUGCCCGCUAGAAUUGAUCGCAACUAAGCUAGGAGCUCUUCGUUCGAUAUCGG